AUGGCUAUGUGGGGUGUCAUAUCCGGAUGCACCGCUGUAGUCCACAAUUUCGAGGGCCUCGUCGUGGUCCGCUUCAUUCUCGGCUUCUGUGAAGCCCCGUUCUUCCCUGGGGCGGUCUUCCUCUGCUCGUCAUGGUACAAGAGAAACGAGCUCGGGCUCCGUGUUGCACUCCUCUUCGGAGGCAGCAUGCUCUCGGGUUCUUUCGGGGGGGUCAUGGCCAUUGGGAUUACCGAGCGCAUGGCGGGGGUUGGUGGGAUCUCGUCAUGGAGAUGGCUCUUCAUUAUUGAAGGUGCUCAGACUGUAGCUUUUGCCGCCGUUUGCGUAUUCACGUUACCUAACUAUCCUCAUAACACGUGGUGGCUCACUGAGAAGGAGGCCAUUGUUGCGCAGCAUCGUCUUCUUUAA